UCGAAACGAGACGUCUUUAUUAAUGGGGUCAAAGUGUUUUAAGUGCGCAAAGAUUACAUUUUAUUGAAUAACAAGGAUUUUAUAGAUGCAAUUGCACACUGUAUAAUUCAAUUUAAUUUAAACAAUAAACCAUCAUAAACACACAUAAUAAUAACGAAUUACAUGAAAAUGUCGCGUUCGUGUCGUGUCGUGUGUUUUCGCGAGCGCCCAUCGAAUUCGUACAACGUCGCCGCCACUGACACUGACUGACACCGAGUGUGGUUGCGAACGCGUCCGCUAGGGGGACGUUAAUUUUUCCAUUUCGUAAUCAAACCAAUUAAUCAAAAUCUUAAAAAAAUUAUAAUUAAAACGAAACCGUUUCGUUAUUUUCCAUUCGAAAUAAAUCGCGCGCACGUGACGCUUGAAUUUCCGUUCCCGACCAAUUUAUUCAUUGUUCCCGAGAUUCGAAUUUGUGGGUCAUUUCGCCGAUACGCGGAAGUCGGCCGAAGUGUCGCCGUCGACGUCCGAACCCGCUAAAGAUACAUUCAUAAACGAUUCGCACGCAGUCGGGGGAAGUCAGAUUUUUUGACGUUCCGCGAGAGUCGAUAAAAUACGGGUCUUUCGAAACGUUAUGUAAUAGGGCCGAAAGCCAUGAAAGAAGUCGUCCAGUGAGAAACCGGCCAGUCGCGCUUUUUCACCCCCGUGCGUGACGUUUGGGGCGGAUGGAAGUUUUCUUUUCGAUUCGCGAAAAAAUGUCGUAGUACGCGACGCGAUGAUGAUUUCGAAAAGUUGACGAAACGCGCGCCGCAAUUCAUCGCCUUGUAAUUCGGGGGAGAGAAUAAUGGGGAAAAAGGUGAAGAAGACGAGAUGGCGUACACUUACGCUCAAUGGUCACCAGAGCGAUAGCGAGGAAUCUCUGCUAACGGCCGGCGAUAAUUACCAACGUAAAUACUCGAAAUUCUCGUACUCGACCCACUCGAGCCCCAUAAGAAAGUUCGAGCACGACAGCAGCAAAACGACGCGAUCGAACAGCACGACCAGCGAGAAGAAGGCCACCUUCAACGAGGAUGAGUACACGCGUAUCACGACCCCUCGACAGGACGUCCUCUUCAAGAAGGGCUACCUGAACAAGCCGAAACUUUACCAGACGCAAACGUCGACGGGCACCUGCUCGACAGCCAACUCCACCUCGACGUGCACUCCCGACCAUCAAUCGGCCGACGGUAUGGAGGGUACGGACGUCGAGUACGAAUCGCAAUUUGUCUUCCCCAACGGGUUCAUCGACCAAAACGGAAUCUACUACAUUAACAGUUUCGAACCAUUCCCAUUCGUCGUCUAUAACGCCCCCAUUUGCUACGCGGAAUAUCCGAACUCGAGGACGAAACGUUACAGCACGGAUUCCAUGGCGGAAUCUGUCAGUCCCCAAAAUGAGGAGUCCGGCGCGACGAAUGUCUCAACGCAGCCUUCAGACGAAGAACAGCCGGUGCGUUUGAAGAAGAGGCGGCGUCGGAAAGUCUCGCCUUCGAAGUCGGUUACGUCGGAGGCGAGUAGCGACGAUGUUUUUAAGACUGAGGAACGCGAUGCUCAAGAUGUUGCAAAGGAGAAUAAGAGCGAGUUGAAGGCUGAUGCCGAAGAGUUCAUUCCAAGAAAUUUGCAGGCGAACGUGCACUUCUUCAACGUGCCACCGAAUUUUAUUCCGGUCCCGUUCGAUGCGCCGCCCCCGUUCGUGCCGGUCAACUUCAUCUCGCCCGCUCAAAAUUUCGUAAACGUAAUUCCGGAAGUUCAGGAGGCGAAGCCGGACGCCGAGGCGAAGAAAAAGACGGACAUCGACAUCGCGAAGAUCGUUUGGAAGCUCGAGGAGGCCGCCAAGGAGCAGGACGGCAAGAAGUCGUACAAGCCGAAGACGAGGCCACGUUUCGGCCACUAUCAAAAUCGGGAUUGGAAGCCGAAGAUUGCCGAAGCGCCUGCACCGCCGAGGGGGUUACGCAACGCAAAGCCCGUCGAGAAAAAGACUGAAAUUAAAGUAGCGCCGUCUCCGGUUCGCGCUCCUCGCAAGUCCAAUCAGUGGAUUGCGGUCGCGAGCAGGAAGAAGCGCAAGAACAAGGGGGUCGAGGAGGAGGAGGAGGAGGUGGAGGUGGUUGAGGAGGCCCCGCCGCUUAGUGACGACCUUUUCGAAAGUUUCGACAUUAACCAAUUGGUCGACGUUGUACCACCUUCGCAGCUUGAAACAGCUCCGUCUCAACCUGAAACCGGUCUUCCGGAAAUCGUAACGGAACCCGUCAAAUCCGAACCGGACAUUCGCACACCUCCCCCAGAAGUACGUAAGAAAAAGAAAAAGACAAUAAAGGUUGCAACAAAGAAGGUGAUUGUAACCGAUUUUCCUCCUGUGGAGGUGGCAGAAGAACCGCCCUGUGAACCACCGGCGUGCGAAGUGUUCUCACCACCCGCUCCGGAGGAAACGAUCUCGACAGCAGUCGUCGAAGACAAAAUUAUCACCGAGGAAGAAACGGCGGUAAAAUCGCCGAGCGAGACUCCCGAAAAAAAGAAGAAGAAAAAGAAGAAACCCGCCAAAUCGACCUCGAACCCGACCCCAAGCUCCGACUGCGACACCUACGACUUCCUCCUCGACACCUCCGACGACUUCGACAAGAAGACCAACGUCGAAAUCUCCCAGGAGCUCGACCGCAUGAUACAGAAGGGCAUGUACAGCAGCCUCGAGGGGAAGAUUCGGUCGAUGAACAUCGACCUCGACGACGCGUUCUUCCGGAUAGUCGCCAGAUCGGAAUCGCCGCCGCGCCCGUCGACCUCGAGGGGAAUCUUCAGGUGGAACCUGGAAGAGUUCCAGGAUAAAGGUGAGGAUAACCAAAACACGCCGACGAUUACCUUAACGAAUGUUACUAGCGUUCCGUCUGAGCCGAUUUUAAGCGGAUCUCCGCCUCCUCCUCCGCCGCACUAUCCGAUCACGCAGGCCGUCAGGGAGUGGAUGACGAGGACGCGCGAGAAUACGCCCGACGUCGAUAUAUUUAAGAGCGCCAGGGAGCUGGGGGACGACGAGGUCGUCCUGUGGAGUGCGCGCGAAGCGGAGACGGAACCGAAGAAUACAAUUGAAGACUGUGAGGAAGCAAUAGAGGUUUACGAGAGCCGCUACGGAAAUAACGAGGACUUUUUGAGGAUUAGGAGCGAAAUCGCAGAAGAGGCACAAAGAAAUACUCGUCGCAGCGACCUACCGUACAGGGCGAUCUGCUGCAACCUCAUGUGAAUCCAAAGAUCUAUUUUUUUAUUAAUUUUUAGCAUUUUGCGUGUUAAAGUAUUGAGAUAGUUUAUUUUCAAGUUUGGGUGUUCUUAUUGCUCGCUAUUUACUAUACGCCCACGAAUCUGGGCAAAGUCUGAAAAUCGUGCAUGAUUUACCAUCGUUUUGUUUUUAAUAAUAAUAAUGUUACUGUUAUAUAGUUUUAGGAUAGAUGGUGCAAAGCGCGGACUUCACUACUAGGCGCGUACCGUGUAAUUCGUUAGUUUUUUAAUUAAGUAGCUCGUUAGGUAUUGUUUUUCAUUUCUCGUUUAGUCAUUACAUGCAACUGUGUUCCUUUUUUUGCAUUAAUUACAGCUAGAAGCGCUAUAAUUCUAUUGUAAUACGUAGGUAAUUAGAAUUUGUUUUUAAUGCGAUUGGUGAUUAGCGGUUUACUUAAUUUUAUUGUUACCUCUUGUUUGUUAAUUUUCAAAUUUGUGCCUUUGCGAAUUUUUCAAAUAAAAACUUCAAAACUA